AUGGCCACAUUUUUCUUACUCUUGAUCUGCUUGUCUUCACUUCUCUUAUCCAGCAGAGCUUCUGCGGAGCUAAUUACUUCUCUUCCUGGGCAACCUGCCAAUUCACCCUUCAAGCAAUACUCCGGUUACAUUGUUACAGAUGCUCAACAUGGCCGCGCUCUAUUUUAUUAUUUCGUUGAAGCUAAAGCCGAAAAUCCUUCAGCACUGCCCCUUACAUUGUGGCUAAAUGGAGGCCCUGGUUGCUCUUCACUUGGAUUUGGUGCAUUCAUGGAGCAUGGUCCAUUCCAGCCGGCCAAUGGAGGACAGUUGACUAGUAACAAGUACUCUUGGAAUUUAGUCUCGAACAUGUUGUAUGUGGAGUCUCCUAUUGGAGUUGGAUUUUCAUACUCAAAUACGAGUUCAGACUACAACAAUUGGAAUGACGCCGAGACAGCUCAGGAUAAUUUACAAUUCAUCAUCAACUGGUUUAAGGAGUUCCCCAGAUACAGAAACUCAGAUUUGUAUUUGACAGGGGAGAGUUAUGCAGGUCAUUACAUACCACAGCUUGCAUCAUUGUUGAUAGAGUACAACAAACGACAGAACAAUAGACCUAUCAACCUGAAAGCAAUAGCAUUGGGAAACCCUCUUCUAGAUUCUCAGAUAAGCAUUGAUAAUGGUGAAUUUUUGUGGUCACAUGGAUUAAUCUCUGAUGAAAUGCUCACUAUGAAGAAAACGGUUUGUAAUGACUCAAGAUACUUCUUUGAGAGGGUGCACCGGAAUAUAAGCAAAGAGUGCAGGACUAUGUUCAGAAAUAUGAUAGCAGAAAUGGGAAAUGAAACUGAUACUGGUGAUGUGCUCGCACCUUUAUGUCUAUCCCCUACUGGUACUAGGCAAACAGCUUUUAUGGAAGAUUUUAUUGAUGCAAAGCCAUCGAUAAAAGAUACAGUUGGUGAUCCAUGCCUUGGUGACAGAACGUAUGCAUAUCUUAACAAUCCUCGAGUUCAGGAAGCAUUGCAUGUGAAAACAACUAAACUUCCAGCUUCUUGGGAUUUUUGCUCAGGGCCCCUGAAAUACCAGAUGGAAGAUACAGCUGCAAACAUCAUACCUCAGUUGUCAGCCAUCAUUAGAGAGAACAUUCCCAUCCUCCUUUUCAGCGGUGAUCAGGAUUCAAAGAUCCCCCUCACGCAGACUAGAACAAUUGCAAAUUUGGUUGCCAAAGAUUUGCAACUCAUAGCUCUUGAAAAUUAUGGUCCUUGGUAUGACGGCAAGCAGGUUGGGGGAUGGAGUCAGUCGUUUGGUACAAUCAAGAGCAGCAACAACAGUACGUAUUUGACGUAUGCAAGCGUUAAAGGUGCAGCACAUGAAGUGCCCUUUACUUCUCCUUCCCAGGCUUUGACCCUCUUCAAAGCAUUUCUAGGAGGACUUCCUCCACCAAAAAAACCCACCAGCAGCAACCUUGAAUUUCUCAAAUCUAUGCACCCCAAGUUUCUGGGUGAAAAUGGUGAUGCUCAACAUGGCCGCGCUUUGUUUUACCAUUUCGUUGAAGCCGAAGCUGAAAAUCCAUUAGCACUUCCUCUUACAUUAUGGCUGAAUGGAGCAUUUGUAUCAUCAAGUAGCAAUUCUCUUUACAUUUUAAAAACGCUUGAGGCAUCUGCAGCUCAGGAUAAUUUACAAUUCAUCAUCAACUGGUUCAAGAAGUUUCCCAAAUACAGACACUCAGAUUUAUACUUGACUGGGGAAAGUUAUGCAGGUCACCAUAUUCCACAGCUUGUAUCAUUGUUGAUAGAAUACAACAAACAACAGAAGCACCAACCUAUCAGGCUCAAAGCUAUAGCGUUGGGAAACCCACUACUCGAUUCUCAAAUAAGCAUUGAUAGCACUGAGUUUUUGUGGUCGCGCCGAAAAAAGAUAGAGGAAGUAGGACUUGAAAUUAAUUUCAAUGAUAUGCUUGCACCCAUAUGCAUAUCCACUACUCGAGUGUUACAAACCACUUUUAUGGGAAAUAUUGGAGCUGUUGAUCCCUGCAAUGUUGAUAGAAUAUAUUCAUACCUCAACAAUCCACGAGUUCAGAAAGCACUGCACGUCAAGACAACUCGAGCUCCCGCUACCUGGGAGUUCUGUUUAGGGUCAGGUUCCUCUUCUCUUUCUCAGUACCAGAGGGAAGAUUCCGCUGCUAACAUCAUACCCCUCUUAUCAGAUAUUCUUCGAGCGAACAUUCCAGUUCUGCUUUACAGUGGUGAUCAAGAUGCAAAGAUCCCAAUCACGCAGACUAGGAAAAUUGCAAAUUUGGUGGCCAAAGAUUUACGACUUACAACUCUGGGAAAAUAUGGUCCUUGGGUGGAGUCAAUCGUUUGGGAUACUCAAGAACAAACAAACACUACUUAUUCGACAUUUGCAAGUGUUAGAGGUGCAGCUCAUGAAGUGGCCUUUACUUCUCCUUCCCAGGCUCUGACCCUCUUCAAAGCAUUCCAUGGAGAACUUCCUCCACCAAGAUCCCACCAACAGCACCCUUGA